AUGUACACCACAAUGAUACCACAAUCACAAACCACAUCGUCAUCACCAUAUAAUGGGCAUUCUCCUUCCUAUUAUUCUGAUCAAAAUAGUGGAAAUUCGUCUAGUACAUCAAUUUCCUCCCCUUCCAUGUACUCUUAUUCAUCUUCAUCUAAUACCUCUCCAACUUCGAUAACACACUACCCAAUGCAGCAAACAAUGCAAAAUAAUGGAAUGGUUUCUAAUAUUAUGGAUUUUUAUAUUCAUGAUGUAAACUUCUCCUUGCAUACUAAAGCAUCACCUGAAUGCGAAAUUCAAUUGUACAGAUUAACCAACCCAAUGGAUGCUCAAAUUACUUUUGUCAACACUCACCCACAGUCAACACCUCCUCCACAUCUCUCAACUGUUGUAUAUGCUUUACAAAUCCAAUUAGAAAAGUUCAUGUCUCAAACAAAUCAAUGGGUACCUUGUACUAACGAUACUCCUUCUUCAAACUUGUUUAAAGACUAUGAAGCUAAUGUUCUGUAUAACCAAACUAAUAAUCAAUCAAUUACACAAUUAAUUCAAACAGAUGGAAAGUCACUUUAUAUACAGUUACCACUUCAAUUAGGACUUUUCAGUAACCAAUAUACUUCUAUGACUUUCCGUUCCAAGUUAAAUACAAGCAAGGAAAAACAAGGUUUUAAAAGAGGUGAAGUGGCAAUCUUUAGAGUUGUUUUCACUCUUCUUAAACAACAACAACAAUUGCAUACCUAUUUCCAAAAUAAGUAUGAUUCUGUGCCGUUUGGAAUAAUUAACCAUGGUAAAAACAGUACAGCUGUGGGAAUGUAUAAAAACAUUAAACUGAGCUCUAUCCCUGGUACUGUUGAGUAUAACAUGCUCAUCAAGCAACAACAACAACAAACUUACACACCUCAAAUGCACAGUCCAAACAGCAGUAUUUAUACUACUCCGAACACAAGUGUUGGAACCAGUGAUUAUUCAAACAAUUCUCCAUAUGGAGGAAAUCAAUAUAGUGGAUAUAAUGGCCAAUCUAUGGGUCUGGAUGUAAUUGAUGAAAGUAGACAAAUACAGGAAAUGUUGGACAUUCUGAAUCAAGAAGAAGAAAUGGCAAGACAAUAUUACAACUCCAAUUCUUCAAAUGAUAGUGGAUCUGGAGAUGAUAUGAUGUACAUGACUGACGACGAGGACAUGUUCAGAGAAAUUAACUCUAUGGAAGAUUACUUCUCUCAAAGUCAAGAAACAAACACAAGUCCUGGACAAUCCGAUCAAAAUUAUGAAGAUAUCAAAUGGGAAGAUGACCCUAAUGAAGAUUUCCAUGGCUUUACAACUCAAUCAGAUUCAGCCAAUGUAUUCUUAUGUGAUGAUGAAUGUGAUGGAAUGGACUCUUACUAUGCUGACUAUUCUGCUCCAUCAACGCAACCCCAAAGCGCAACUUUGUCUUCUGCUUAUAGCACCCUUUUCAAAAGCUCAGUUGUUCCACAACCAUUGGCUAGUAGUGCUGGUAGAAGUGUUGAAAGAAGAAGUCUUUCUAAACAAAUGGAUUCAUUUGCACCUCCUCCUCCAGUUAUGAGAAGUAAGGAAUCUUCAUUGUAUUCAUUGCCUCCACCAUCAUCAGAAUCAAGAAGUAGAUCCUCCCUUGGUAAUACUAUUCAAGCAUCAAUUACUCCAUCUAUUAAUCAAUACGAAACAUGGAGCAGUCCUAUUGUUUCAGAUUCUCGCCAAGAACUCGUUCGUUCUGUUGCUUCUCAACCUUCUCAACCUCCAAGAAUGACCUUUGGAGCUCACUAUAUAAGAUCUGAUGUUGCAGCAGAGCUCAAACAACCUGUAGAAGAAAAGAAAAAGAAGAAGCUUUCACUUGGAAAACUUUUCAAGAAGAAGGAUGAAAAAGCUCCAAAAGAAAAAGAAAAUGAAGAAAAGGCCAAAAACCCACUGUCCAAUCAAUCUCAUGCAUCAUUCUUUGCAAACUUUAAACCAAGCACUAUGGUUACACUUAAUACAAAUCAGUUACCUGAAAAUGUGAGACAAGUCUCUAAAGUUACUCAAGCACAACAAAAACCAACAGAAGAUUCUACAAGUACAGCCGAAGACGAACUUGCUGAAACACUUUCCAAAUUGAAUAUCAAUAACACUGCCCUCACCACUAAAUUUGAUCCAAAGAAGAUUACUUUCACUCUUGAAAAGAAAGGAAGCAAGGAAGUUUAUGACUUGACCAACCCUUCCAAAGAGAAGAAGUCCAUUCCAUCAUUCAAUCCAGGAGAUGUUAUUCAAUUUUCAGUUAAGAAUAAUAAUGAGAAAGAAUUUAUCGAAAAGACAAACCUGAUUGUGGGUACAACUAUUCCAAGAAGGUCGAUUGUCACAUUCUCUGACAAGUCAACUGGCUUUACUCAAAUGAAAGAAACUGUUGCCACAAGUCAAAUAGUACAAAUUCCAAAUAUAAGAGUAACUAAUCCAACAUGCAAGAAGAAGGCAAAGAUUGUCACAAUUGUAUUAUUUGUUAAAUUUAUCGAGUCCGGAAAAGAAAGAAUUUUCACAACCAAGAGAAGAAUAAUGGUUGUUAAUAAAUAAUUUUCACCUUAUUG